AUGUAUAUUCCGGUAUUGGCAGCUUUCGCACUUCUGGAAUCUGCUAUUGUCUCAUCAGCCACUGCGAUAACAUGCAAGACUUCUCCCCAUGAUGCGGCUUGGCCAUCUGUUGAAGAAUGGAAUGCACUGAAUAAAACGAUUGAAGAAACUCUCCUUCGGACCAGCCCUGCCGCCUCUUCUUGUUAUCCUGGGAAUCCUUUCAGUUCUUCGCAUGCUUGUUCUAGUGUGAAAAGCCAUUGGUCAUACGCUGCCUACCACGCUGCAUGGCCCGAAAGCAACGACUACUCGGUAUAUAACAACAACUCUUGUCUCCCCCAGGAGUGGACGGAUAUAUUGAGGGAAAGGGAUGCAGUAUCGGCGGACUGCCGCAAUACAUUGUUAAUGCGACGACCGACGAUCAAGUUGCAAAGGCUAUGGCAUGGGCUUCUCAGAAAGGAAUUCGCAUUAUCAUCAAGUCCACGGGACAUGAUCUCAGCGGGCGGUAUGUCUCUUGAUGACCUAGCUUCAACUGGUGCAUACUCGCUCUCCAUAUGGACUCAUAAUUUCAGCCGUAUUCAGCAUCAGCCGGCCUGGAGGAUCCCGGGAAGCAACGAAUCUGCCGAUGUGUUAAUUUGCGGAGGUGGAAACAAUUGGGGCACAGUUUACAAUUAUGCCCAUAAAAUAAAGCGCACAGUUGUUGGUGGUGAAGAUGCAACCGUCGGCUUAGGUGGUUUGAUUCAGAACGGAGGCCAUGGCCUGCUAUCUAGUACUCAUGGACUUGCAUCGGACCAAGUUUAUCAGGUCACCGUGGUCACACCUGAUGGCCAGCAGCUGGUAGCCAAUGACCACCAGAACAAGGAUCUCUUCUGGGCUGUCCGCGGUACAGGUGGCGGUCAGUUUGGUGUCGUGACUGAAUUUGUCCUCAAGACCCAUCCCGUCCCAGUCAAUGUGGUUACUGGAGGUCUCACUUUCUAUCCACGUGACAAAUCCAAUGCCAGUGAAAGUGCGUCUUGGGCUGCUCUCGCUGAAAUUGCGUCAUUGAUUCCAGACCUAAUGGACUAUGGGAUCACUGGCACUAUCAUGUCGAUGACCGGGGAAGAGGCUGUCAGUUUGGUAGGCCUCAGCGAGUCACUUCCAGGAGCAUCGGUUAUCAUCAGUUUUAUCAGCUACAAUUCGACAGUGAUACAUAUGAACCAGACCAUACAAGCACUUGUCGCUAAACUUCAUAAUGUUGGUCAAGAUCAUAUUAAUCAUACUGUGACGACACCCUCAGCUGAAAGCUACUGGUCGUACACGAAGCCCAAUUUUCUCUUCAGUCAAUCGGCAGGAGCUUGCAGCCUUUUCACAAGCCGAUUACUCGGCAGAUCUGAGCUCUCCGACCUUCCAAAAUCCAAGCUGAUUUGGUAUCUCAAGCAAAUUUCUGUCGCUGAAGACUCCAAGAAAGGAGGUUUGCUUCUAUUUGGACUGCAGGGUGGGCGUGGUCCUGCUAGUAUCCCCGAUGAAAGGCGCGGUAGUGUUCUGCCCGCCUGGCGAAAGGCUUAUGCUCACGUCAUGGCUUAUGGCGCUUCUUCAAAAGCUACCGAUCCCUCCUCGUCAUUAAAAGAGAGUGCGAGGUGGUAUGAAACUGUUAAAGAGCCCGUCUGGAGAGAGUGGGCCCCUAACACUGGCUCCUACAUGAACGAAGGUAAUGCUUUCAGCAGCACGUGGAAACAUGACUUCUAUGGGGCGAACUAUGAUCGACUGCUAGGAAUCAAGCAAGAAUACGAUCCAUACGAAAGCUUGUUUGUGUAUAGUGGGAUUGGCAGUGACAAAUGGCACUAUGACCUAGACACUGGCCUCGUCUGUCACUCGGAGGAAUGA